AUGUCAGGAGCGACCCUCAGCCGGGCGGAGGCUGCCUGGGAAGCCCUUAACAAGCACAGAGGAACGCCCAAGAGCAACAUUGAGCAAGUAGUGCGCCAGCUCGUCGACACCCAAUGGAGCGCACUCACAAUCCCUGCAAAGCGGCAUCCAGAGGGGAUCAUAGAGCAAUACAUUCUAAAGAAGGCUUCAGGCAAUGCAGGGACCACUUUGAUUGAUGAACAGAUCAGCAAGUCAACACCAGUGGUUGGGUUUGACAGUGCCGAGACUCUUGAAAACCAGCUAAGACAGGAUGGGAAACCUCCGCCAGAGUGCAGCACCUCCAGUUCAGAAGCUACAUCACUUUCUCAGAGGAGCAGAGAGCCUGCCCCAAGUGGUGUCAUGGAAGCAAACCUUGUCCGAGAAGUAAAUGCUCUGACAGACCCGUCCGCCGCCAUCCGGAAGCGGGCGCUGACUCAGCUCCGGAGGCUGAUGCUCGGGGAGGGCAGGACAGAGCUGCGGCUUGGCAAAGAUGAACUGCAGGGAAUUGCGGAAGACCACAUUCUGAAGCCGCUCUUGCGACGCUUUGGGGACUCGUCGUCUGCUUGUAGGGAGCUGGCUCUGGAGCUGACACUAGGGUUACUGGAGGAGGUGCCGGAUGCUGUGCUAAGCCUCCUGCCCUAUGCCAUCCCCGCCCUUGGAGAAAGGCUCGCUCGCUACGACGCCGCUGACUCAGCAAGUGCACCUGAGACCACAUCCCGCAGUCAAAAGACCUCCACUAGCGAAAGCACUGAUUCUUUUGAAAGCAAAGACUCCAAAGAUAGUGGAGCCAUUGCAAAGGCCAGGAAGCGCGGCAGCGGGCCGGUGGAAGAAGUUGAGGAAAACCGCCUUCUGUUAGCAAGGCUCCUCCGCUCGCUUCUCAAACACGCGGGCAAGGCGAUCGGAGCGUACGCCGCUGACGUCGGCGCGAUGCUGACGUCGUCCGUCGCUGACCUCAGCCCGGAGGUGGCUCAGGAGCUGUGCUUGUGUGUUGAGGACUAUGGAAAGCUACUAGGCGUGCGGUUACGCCAGGUGGCAAAGCCAAUGAUUGCAGCUGUGACGCCCCUGCUUGGGGCGAAGCGCCAGAAAGUGAGGUGUGCGGGGUUAAGGGCGAUUAGGAAGUUGGUGGCGUGUGGGGGGGCUGAAGCGAUUCUGGACUUGACGGGGUUCCGGGAUCCGAACCUGAUACCGAUCAAGGCCUUUUAUGAGGCAGACAUCAAGACGAACUGGUUCGCGCUGCUGGCACUGGACCCCACAGUCGCAGUCCGGCGAGAGUUUCUGGCCACUCUGGGGGACUGGCUGCUGAACCUGCCGGAAAGGAUGGAUCACGAGACACGCCUCCUCCCAUACGUCCUGAGUGCGUUUUCGGACGACAACCCGUCCAUCCAGUUGGAAGCGUUCGAGCUGAUGGAAGCGAUCGGGCGGCAGUACGAACGGGAGAAAGCGGACGAACUGAAAGACACGCAGUACUAUCUGCCGGAGGAAGCGGGGGCCGAAGGGCUCCAUUUGUCGCCGCCGUUCACACGGAGGCCAUGUUUGGGCGCCCGCAUUUGCGUCCGCGGCUGCUUCAACCGGCUGGUGCUGCCGCUCGUGGCGGAGCUCAGGGCCUGGACCACGGGGACGAAAGAUCACGCCAUUGAUCUGCUGACGACCAUGCUGACGUACGCGGAGGAAGGCGCGACGCAGCACGUGCAGCCGAUCCUGCUCGCGUUCCUGCAGCUGACGGACGAUUUGUCCAUAGCUGAAAAGGUCCACGACUGCUGCCAAAUUCUCGGCACUUUUGUUCCGCCUUCCGCAUAUCUUCUGGUCCUUCUCCCGCGCAUUCAAGGCGAAGUCGGCGAAGCCGACGCGGCCGCGCGCGCGCGCGCGCUCCACUUGCUCGCGCGCCUGCUCGCCGCCGCGCCUUCGGAUGGGAUCCGUUCCGUUCUCCCGGACGUCACAUCUUGCUUAACGGAACCGGAGCUGCUGAACGCCCGGAGCGGAAGGUUACGAACGGCGGUGGCAAGCGUGACGUCAGCGGUCGUCAGCGCGUGGGAGAGAGACGGCGGAGGAGAAUGGGGGGAGGAACUGAUUCCUAUGUUGUGGAUCCUACUCAAUGUGGCGGCUAGAGAAGACCAUGAUCGGAUGUCUGAGGACCAAGUCCAGGGACUCUCGAACUUGGAACAUCUUGCCCGUGCCGAAGGCUUCCCGACUGCGGCUGGUCUCUUGUCUGCGCACCUCGACAGCAUCCUCGCCCUGCUCUCCCCUGCUGCCACGUGGCACGAGCAGACGCCAGACCUGGCCGUCUUUUCCCUUGUCAAAGACCACGUGGCCGCCAGCGGUGACUCUGAAACCGCCAAAAGGUUAGCCGCCUUUGAGGAAGACGCAAAAUCGUCUCCGGCGUAUGACGCCAUACAGAGCAGGCUGCAACAGCGGUGA